AUGCCGCAAAUGGGCGGGAGGGCCCCGGACACCGCGGUGGGCCGGCGGGAAGGACAGGCUUGGGCGUGCCAAGCCGCACAUCCACCCGCCAAGAAGCACGCGCUCUGCGAUCGCACCCCGCCGCGCUGGGCCCUGGCUGCCGCUCUGGGCGCCAUGCCCAUCUCGUGCGCCGCCGUGCGACCCGCCCACUCGCGACGUUGCCCGAGCCCCUCGGAGCGCACAGCGUCUGUCUGGCGCCUGCGGGUGGCUGCGGGACCUGCGAUCGGCGACAUGGGAUCACACCCUGCCCGCACGCCGGAUAUUGCGGGGAAGAUCGUGAGACGGGCCCACCAGUACUUGGGAGCGUUGUGGGACCUCGUCCCGGACGCACUUGUUGCAGCUGCGAACCGUCGACGGGCGUAA